UUUACAGUGCGCUGUCGGACUUUUGGAGAGUUCAGUGUUGUGCGCUCUCUGUGCGUCACACGCUCAAACCCUCCACUGGAAGCGCACGACCGCCGACUGUCACCAUACAUGCGAGUACAGCCGAGACUCCAGCUUCUCUCUCAACGCAGCGGGCUUCGUUUUUCUCUUGCUUCGACUUGUGGCUGCGUCCGUGGAGUGAAAUGGAUGUCAUCCCAAUGUGCAGCAUCUUCCAGGAGCUCCAAAUUGUGCACGACACCGGAUACUUUUCGGCGUUGCCGUCUCUGGAGGAGUACUGGCAGCAGACCUGCCUCGAGCUGGAGCGGUACCUCCAGAGCGAGCCCUACGUCUCGGCCACCGACCUCAAAUUUGACAACCAGGAGGACCUGUGGAGCAAGCUGAUGCUCGCCUGCGGGGACAAGUCGAACGACCCCGACCCAAAGAUCCCCCUCAUCAAGGAGGAGGAAGACAAUCAGGACAACCAGCACGUCGACACCGCCGGCUUCAACUCUGACGCCAGCAGCGAGGCCUCGGACAGCUCAGAGGAGCUCUCCCCCACCCUCGACUUCUCCUCCAGCUCUUUUACUGACAUUCUGGGCGACGGUGGCGAAGACUUGGGCUCUGCCAUCAUCAGCACGCCGCCGUCCUCACCUGAGCUGGGCAAGGACGGCUCUGCAGCCCAGGUGUGGAACGGGAUACAGACUGCGCUGCAGUCGCCUGGGAAAAUAAGGACAGGGGGCACGGAGAGGACCCUGGAGAGGUCGGGGCUCACCAGCGGGGAGGCGUCGCCUGACGGGAGGAGGCGGGUGCACAGGUGCAACUUCAACGGAUGCAGGAAGGUGUACACCAAGAGCUCGCACCUCAAAGCACACCAGCGCACACACACAGGUGAGAAGCCCUACAGGUGUUCAUGGGAGGGCUGCGAGUGGCGCUUUGCACGAAGCGAUGAACUCACCAGACACUUCAGGAAGCACACCGGAGCAAAGCCAUUCAAAUGCAGCCACUGCGACAGGUGUUUCUCCCGCUCCGACCACCUGGCGCUGCACAUGAAGAGGCACAUCUAAGAUGGCCUCCUUGUCGAGAGCUCUGAGGGAUGAUUCUGGUUGAUUGUCCCGACCUGUUGGGGGAUCAGCGAGGCCGGUGCGUCCUGGGAGCGCCAACAGGAGCACCGCCGUGUUCCAGGCGGUGGGGAAAAAAACAUGAAGCAACGCAGGCUAUUAUUUGCACCAUACUUAGUGCCUCCAACACCUCGCUGUGGAGAUCGCUCUUGAAAGGCUUUUUGCAGAGGAGGGCGGGGAAAUUUAAAAACUGGGAAAAAUCUGGGCUGGAGAAGACGGGAAGAGACUCCUCUGUAUGGUGUUCGACGCUUUUUUCCUGGAGGAUUAUGGGACUCCUGUGGGGGUCGCCGUGCCUCCAAUGACAGUGUGUUUGCCUGUGCGCAUGGGGACUGAGUGCCUGUGACUGGUGCCUGUGCCGGCUUUUACGGAGCAGAUGGAGCUUGCAUUGUGGAACGCGAAUGAAUGAGUGAAUGACCUGGAGGGGGCGAUGUUGUGCAGUGUUUUUUUGCGGGGGUUUGGGGGGGGGAUAUCUGUUGUCUCUCUGAACGCAAGCGAAAAAUAUACGGUUCUGUCUGUGUCCUUUGAGUGUCUCGGCUGCGGAGGCGAGCAUGUGGGUGAUCGUUUUUUUUUUAAGCGGAGCCGAGUUGCGAGAGGGCGCCCCCUGCGCGCCCGGAGGUGGAAUUACAGCUCCCUAUUCAAAAGUGGGAGUUUGUUUUGUUUAGUGCAGCUAUUAAAUGUGCAAUGUAUUAAGUCUCAAACCAUACACGCUAUAAAGCUCAUUUUGUUGUCCAUUGUGUGAGCUCUGUAUCUUAAAAACAAAAAAAACAAAGAAAAAAAAAAUCUACGGUUGUACACAAACAGUUAUCGCCAUUAUAACAGUUGCAUGGGAUCUGGGGAUGCGUUUCUCACCCGUUUGCUUAUCGGACAACGAAAUUCCAUUCAAGAGCAGCUACCUUCAUGUUAUGCUAUCGUAGUAUUGUACAAAACACAUAAGGCGGUCGUUUUUUAAAUUUUAUUGAUAAGUUGGGGAUACCACUGUUGCUUGGCAACUGUCUUGACCACGGGAUUUUUCGUUCCUUUUUUCUUCACUUUAGCGCUUCUCUUGUUUUCUAUCUGUAAAUGCACUGUUGACCUUACUGAUGCCUUAUGUAAGUGGCCUUGUCCUGUUAAAUAGAUCACUCUCUCACACACACACACACACAGGGGACAGCUAAUGCAGUGGUAAUUGUGGUAGUUAUUGAAAAGCUUUAUAAAGGCUCUGAUCCAUACAGUCACACCUUUGCCCCCUUGUCUCCACACAGACUCGUCUAAACUCCUGGAUAAUAAAAAAAAAAAACGAAAACUAUAUAUCAGCUUCACGAUGACUGACAUUUUUACAUUUCUGUGUCGAAUAUAUAUCAGAACUUUAUCAGAACUGCAGCUCGAGGCCUGAGACAGAAUCGUGGCGGCCGCUCGGUGUAGCGCCUCGGAUGGUUUACUACCAUGUAGUAUAAUCGGACUGUAACUCGCCGACAAAGGUACAAAGAAGUCUUGGAAAGAUGUUCUCAUGAAAUGCGGCACGCUCGGCCAGCAAGGAUGUGACAAAUGGAGAUUUUACCCAAAGAACACAAACACAAUGGGGCCAUUUGUAUCAGUCUGUGUCAAAGUCUCACCGUGGUUCAAAGAAAACGUCCUUCAGAGCGAUGACGACAUUCUCAAUUAUGAGUCUGUUUUGAUGUUGUGUGUUUUGUCUCGCCCUCAGGCUGAGUCUGUGUCUUUACUCAGUCCUGGUUUAAACAACCCAUGAUCUGACUAAACGGUACUGAAACCAGUCGAACCAGUUCAGCUGAGCUGCGUCGCAGGUCUCUGGGUUUCUGUGUUUCUCUGCGGCUGAACUGAGACGACACUUUAGGACCAGAUGCAUGUCUGUAACGACUUCACUAUUUUGCAUGUUUUAACUUGAGUUACUUGACUUCAACGCACUCCUCCGUGGGUUGAUAUAAUUCUCCGAGAUUUAUUGGAAAUCUCUUCAGCUCACAUUUGGACAAACUUAAUCACCGUUUUACCCAAUUUCUGGAAAAACAGUUUGGAGCCACAGUGCAAGUGUUUUGUCAAAAAAAUAAACGUGUGUACUUUAAGGGUUUGGCUGAUCCACGUGCUCAUACAACUCGAUGUCUGUCACUCAGUAGUCAACAUCACAGGUAGCCUUGUUCCCACUCUGCAGCUGUACAGGUGAACCUUAAAGAACGUUCAAGAAAAUUUCUUUUUACACUGAGAAAUGUCAAAAAUGCAAAGAUUAUGUACAAUGUAAACUAAGAGAAUUUUGUAUGGAAGCUUCUAUUUUGAAAGGGUAUGGGACCAAAAAAAAAAAGUGUGUUGCUUCUAAACAUGAACCAAUAAAGAAAAGAGGCAGAAGAAUUACUGUAAAAUAGACACACUCCAUUCUCCUUCAUCUGCUUCUUCUUCGGUUUGGAUUUGACUUAUCAAGAGCAAAUGUACAUUCUUACAAAAAAAAAAAAAAAA